AUGGAUUACACGGAGUAUGUCGUUGCACGGAAUGAUGAUGACCCAUCCACCCAGUCCCUCCUUGACCUUAAGGGAUGGCUUAGGGUCACCGGAGGGGUGAGUAGGAGCCAAGUCAUAAGAUUCGACCACAACUUCAACCCUCCAGCAGUUCGAUACUCUUUAGCAUCCUCACAGGCCUCAACAUCCCAGUCUUGGAGCGAUGCGCAUGUGGAGGAGGUCGUGCAGAGACUUCUGAGCCAGUGGGAAUUCAAUAGAAUGGAAGGAUUCGUUGUGAGAAGAGUCAUACCCUCCGACAAUAGCUGCCUAUUCAAUGCUGUAGGGUGUGUAAUGGAUCACGACAGGCACCGAGCUCCAGAGCUAAGACAGGUUAUAGCUGCAACAGUGGCUAGUGAUCCAAGAAAACAUAACCAAGCAUUUCUUGGAAAAUCAAAUGAAGAAUAUUGUGGCUGGAUUUUGAAUCCUGAGAAGUGGGGAGGAAAGUUGCGAGAUGAUAUAAAGGAUCCCUUCAGAGAGGUUGUUGAGAAGGAAAUUGACUUGCAUGGGAACUUUGUGGAAGCUUUAUGGCUUUUAUGA